AUGUCGUUCUACAACCUCACACCCUCUUCUACCUCUUCGCUCGAUAGCUUCGAAUCAUCCGCAUCGUCUACCCCUGAGGCUAUCCUUGCGAUGUACCCAUUGAGCGACUUCUCAUUACCACCCUCUGGGGCCGCUUUACCAUUACCGGGCCCUCGUCGAGUUCGCUCAGGCUCCUUCAGUGAGCAACGCGGUCAUAAUUUCUCCAUCCAAAUCGACUCUUCGAAGCCUAUCGGAGAGGUCGCCGUGGCAAAGGGCCACUUGGAGCCACGAGCAGGCACAUUGCCUCGUAGACCACGAAGGAAAGCUCAGCCUCAGGUUAUGCUUGCCCCUGCCGAAAUUCAGGAGUCGAAAUCUUUCGAUUUGUUCGUCGAAGCUGAGAGCAACAGCAAUGCGGGGGAAUAG